AUGGUCAAUGUGUACAACUGUACCCUGUGCUGCUUCAGGACCGCCUCCCUCGACGACAUGAACACACAUAUCGCCGACUCCAACAACGGCCUUGUCCUACUCAAGUGCGCUGGUGAAGGCUGCAAUACGCGCUUCUGUCUCGAGUCGCAGACCCUUAGCCACUUCCCGCACUGCGCGGCCAUGCGGAGGUGGAAAGCGAAGACGAAGUAUGGCCUUCAGAUUACCGAGAAGCGCGUGAGACGCAAGUGCGAUGUUUCGGAAGAGAGGAACGGACAGCACGCGACCUUCGCGACGAGUGUUGCUCUUGUAGCUCCUCCUACUCUGACAGCAGCGCCACCAUCAACCAAGUCACCAAAGAAGAAGAUGACGGUUGCGAAGAAGGCUCGAGCUUCGAAGCGGAAGGCUGAGGAGGACGACGACGUUGGCGACCAGGAAGAGCUGUCCAACGAGGAUGACAACGCGCCGCCAUCGGCCAAGCCAUCCAAGAAAAAGGCGACGCCUGCGAAGAAGGGCGUGGCUCGGAAGCGGAAGGCUGUAGUGUUGGACCUUGAUAACGAGGAAGAGCCGAUCAGCGAGGAGGAUGACUUGCGCAUCCAGGACAAACCCGCGAGUGGUGAAGAACUCGAUGAUGAGCACGCCAACAACACCAUCGGUGCACGUACUCAACGCGGCAACAAGAAGCCGCGUGUAGCCAACACCCAGGAAGCGAGCAACAUCGCGGGCUCGUUUCCAUCCAGACGUGCCAGGCGACCAGCCGGCCUUACUUACGCGCCUUCGUGGUACGCCCGCCUUGAGGCGAAAGGCCACGAUCUGAGGGAAACCAAGCGUAAUUUCAAAGAGGCCGAUACGAUUGCGUGGAAAGCCGGUUUAGGGCCGCAUCCAUCGAUUAUACAACAAGUCUUCGAUGAGUGGGCCUUGGAGGAGCAAGUGGGCAAGAACAGCGUGGCCGGCAGUGCACAGGACCACGCGACAAGUUCCGCAUCUUCACGACUGGCUGCACCGACUCAGGGCCUCAUCCACGAUCUGACCGGCGAAGACGACGAAGGACCGGAAGAAGGUGUGCAAGAGGAAGUGGCUCGUGGACCAAUCCAGCCGGCGGGCAACAGUGAAGUGACUCCAGAUAUCGACGAUCCUGUUGACCUGGACAACAUGUUUGGUCAGCCGGCCCUUGCUCACUCACCCAUGAGAGCUCGUCCAUCGGGCAUAUACCUCCCGCCAUUGCCCGCUGUCCCAUUGGCGCCGAGAGUCCACUACGACGACUUCCAGAUGCCAGAGCUCUCGGAGGACGAAGAUGAAGAUGACGACCUCCCUGCUUUGCCCGACGUCGCGCGCGCAGGUCUUCGUCCAGGCAUGGCCUGGGACGGGCAGACCGUCAACCCGCAGGAGACCUUACUGCAUCCAGAGCGGGGUCGACGUGACAGAGCUGGAUGGUAUCGUCCGCCUCGUGAUGGACGCUGA